AAGCCGCGUACGACUUAUUCCACAAAGGAUACGAGUGAUCCGUUGAAUGCUGAGAUAGAAGACGACAUUUACAUUGAUACGACAGAGCUGUGUAAACGUAUUGCUUGGGAACUCAAGCAGCACUCUAUACCUCAAGCUAUCUUUGCUGAACGAAUACUCUGUCGGAGUCAAGGGACGCUUUCUGAUUUACUGAGAAAUCCGAAACCGUGGAACAAAUUGAAAUCAGGAAGGGAAACGUUUAGACGAAUGUAUAAUUGGGUACAACAACCGGUGGAAACGCGGCUUUCCAUCCUGGAUAUGUGCAAAGGAAAAAGUAUGUGGUUUUCACCAGUUGCUGUUUCGUAA